GUUGUAGAGUGUUGAGGGAGGGAGUUGGUAGUCUUGGAGGGCAUGUAGAGAGUUUCGAAUUUAAAACCUGUUCAUGCACUCUGGGCAAGCAUGGUGAGAGAAGUGAGGCCCCAGAAAGCCAUGGAUUCAUCAUCUUCGAGUUAUAUAUAACCUGAUAUUGUCAUAGUUGCAGAAACAUAGUUAGCAAGGGGAACUAAGGAAAAAGAACAAACUUCCGUUAGGGAAAUCGAAUCAUCACUUUUCUUGAAAAAGUCUUCUUACUAGGUUCUGUUUUUUUUUUUUUCUCAGCUCUGGGGCAAGAUGGAGUGUGUAUCUGUAUGUAAUGUUUUUAAAACUCCAUUGUUCAUUGCCUUUAUUACUAUCACAGGAUGCCAGAAAAUUUGUGUGCUGGAGAAGAGAAACGAGUUGGUACACGUACAGUGUUUGUUGGCAAUCAUCCAGUUUCAGAAACAGAACCUUACAUUGCACAGAGAUUUUGUGAUAAUAGAAUAGUCUCAUCUAAGUAUACACUUUGGAACUUCCUCCCAAAGAAUUUAUUUGAACAGUUCAGAAGAAUUGCAAAUUUUUACUUUCUCAUCAUUUUCCUUGUACAGGUCACAGUAGAUACACCAACUAGCCCAGUUACCAGUGGACUUCCACUUUUCUUUGUUAUAACUGUUACAGCCAUCAAGCAGGGAUAUGAGGAUUGGCUGAGACACAGAGCUGACAAUGAAGUCAACAAGAGCACUGUUUACAUUAUUGAAAAUGCAAAGCGAGUAAGGAAAGAAAGUGAAAAAAUCAAGGUUGGUGAUGUAGUAGAAGUAGAGGCAAAUGAAACCUUUCCGUGUGAUCUUAUUCUUUUAUCAUCUUGUACCACUGAUGGAACCUGUUAUGUCACCACAGCCAGUCUUGAUGGGGAAUCCAAUUGCAAGACACAUUAUGCAGUACGUGAUACCAUUGCACUGUGUACAGCUGAAUCCAUUGAUGCUCUCCAAGCAACAAUUGAAUGUGAACAGCCUCAACCUGACCUCUACAAGUUUGUUGGGCGAAUCAAUAUCUAUAGUAAUAGUCUUGAUGCUGUUGCCAGGUCUUUGGGACCUGAAAAUCUCUUGCUGAAAGGAGCUACACUAAAAAAUACUAAGAAGAUAUAUGGAGUUGCUGUUUACACUGGAAUGGAAACCAAAAUGGCUUUGAACUACCAAGGGAAAUCUCAGAAACGUUCUGCUGUUGAAAAAUCUAUUAAUGCCUUCCUGAUUGUGUAUUUAUUUAUCUUACUGACCAAAGCUGCAGUAUGCACUACUCUAAAGUAUGUUUGGCAAAGUAACCCACACAAUGAUGAACCUUGGUAUAGCCUAAAGACUCAGAAAGAGCGGGAGACUUUGAAGGUUUUGAAAAUGUUCACUGACUUCCUGUCAUUUAUGGUUCUAUUCAACUUUAUCAUUCCUGUCUCCAUGUACGUCACAGUAGAAAUGCAGAAAUUCUUGGGCUCUUUCUUCAUCUCAUGGGAUAAGGACUUUUAUGAUGAAGAAAUUAGUGAAGGAGCCCUGGUAAACACAUCAGACCUUAAUGAAGAACUUGGUCAGGUGGAUUAUGUAUUUACAGAUAAGACUGGAACACUCACUGAAAACAGCAUGGAAUUCAUUGAAUGCUGUAUAGAUGGACACAAAUAUAAAGGUGGAACUCAAGAAGUUGAUGGAUUAUCUCAAACCGAUGGACCUUUAACAUAUUUUGACAAAGCAGAUAAGAAUCGAGAAGAACUCUUUCUGCGUGCCUUGUGCUUAUGUCAUACAGUAGAAAUUAAAACGAAUGAUGCUGUUGAUGCAGCUACAGAAUCAGCUGAAUUAACUUAUAUCUCCUCUUCACCAGAUGAAAUAGCUUUGGUGAAAGGAGCUAAAAAGUACGGGUUCACAUUUUUAGGAAAUCAGAAUGGACAAAUGAGAGUAGAGAACCAAAGAAAAGAAAUAGAAGAGUAUGAACUUCUUCACACCUUAAACUUUGAUUCCGUCCGCCGACGCAUGAGUGUAAUUGUGAAGACUCAAGAAGGAGACAUACUUCUCUUUUGUAAAGGAGCAGACUCAGCAGUUUUCCCCAGGGUGCAAAAUCACGAAAUUGAAUUAACUAAAGUCCAUGUGGAACGUAAUGCAAUGGAGGGGUAUCGGACACUCUGUGUAGCCUUCAAAGAAAUUGCUCCAGAUGAUUAUGAAACAAUUAACAGACAGCUCUUAGAGGCAAAAAUGGCCUUACAAGACAGAGAAGAAAAAAUGGAAAAGAUCAUUGAUGAAAUUGAGACAAACAUGAAUUUAAUUGGAGCCACUGCAGUGGAAGACAAGCUACAAGAUGAAGCCGCAGAGACCAUUGAAGCUCUACAUGCGGCGGGCCUGAAAGUCUGGGUGCUUACUGGGGACAAGAUGGAGACAGCCAAAUCCACAUGUUAUGCCUGUCGCCUUUUCCAAACCAACACUGAACUCUUAGAACUGACCACAAAAACUAUUGAAGAAAGUGAAAGGAAAGAAGAUCGAUUACAUGAAUUGUUGAUUGAAUAUCGGAAAAAGUUGCUGCAUGAAUUUCCUAAAAAUACCAGAAGCCUUAAAAAAGCAUGGACAGAACAUCAGGAAUAUGGAUUAAUCAUUGAUGGCUCCACGUUGUCACUCAUACUAAAUUCUAGCCAAGACUCUAGUUCAAACAAUUACAAAAAUAUUUUCCUACAAAUUUGUAUGAAGUGUACUGCAGUGCUGUGCUGCCGGAUGGCGCCAUUACAGAAAGCCCAGAUCGUCAGAAUGGUGAAGAAUUUAAAAGGCAGCCCAAUAACUCUGUCGAUAGGUGAUGGUGCCAAUGAUGUUAGUAUGAUCUUGGAAUCCCAUGUGGGAAUAGGUAUUAAAGGCAAAGAAGGUCGCCAAGCAGCCAGGAAUAGCGAUUAUUCUGUUCCAAAGUUUAAACAUUUAAAGAAACUGCUAUUGGCUCAUGGACAUCUAUAUUAUGUUAGAAUAGCACACCUUGUACAGUAUUUCUUCUAUAAGAACCUUUGUUUCAUUUUGCCACAAUUUUUGUACCAGUUCUUCUGUGGAUUUUCGCAACAGCCACUUUAUGAUGCUGCAUAUCUUACAAUGUACAAUAUCUGCUUCACAUCCCUGCCCAUCUUGGCCUAUAGUCUACUGGAACAGCACAUCAACAUAGAGACUCUGACCUCAGACCCCCGAUUAUAUAUGAAAAUUUCUGGCAAUGCCAUGCUGCAGUUGGGACCCUUCUUAUAUUGGACAUUUCUGGCUGCCUUUGAAGGGACAGUGUUCUUCUUUGGGACUUACUUUCUUUUUCAGACUGCAUCCCUAGAAGAAAAUGGAAAGGUAUAUGGAAACUGGACGUUUGGAACCAUUGUUUUUACAGUCUUAGUAUUCACUGUAACUCUGAAGCUCGCCUUGGACACUCGUUUCUGGACAUGGAUAAAUCACUUUGUGAUUUGGGGUUCUUUAGCCUUUUAUGUAUUUUUCUCAUUCUUCUGGGGAGGAAUUAUUUGGCCUUUUCUCAAGCAACAGAGAAUGUAUUUUGUAUUUGCUCAAAUGCUGUCUUCUGUAUCCAUGUGGUUGGCUAUAAUUCUUCUAAUAUUUAUCAGCCUUUUCCCUGAGAUUCUCCUGAUAGUAUUAAAGAAUGUAAGAAGAAGUGCCAGGAGAAAUCUGAGCUGUAGAAGGGCAUCUGACUCAUUAUCCGCCAGACCUUCAGUCAGACCUCUUCUUUUACGAACAUUCUCAGACGAAUCUAAUAUAUUGUAACAGAACCCGAAUGUUGAACUGCCUAUGUUGUUAUCCUACAAGCAUAUUAACAGUGGUUACAGCUAAAAAAGAAAGCAUGAAGAAAACUACAAAAGUUAUCAUCUCAGGAUACUCAAUAUGCAACAAACUAAACCACUCUCAUGUCUAGGGUUCAGAAUAAAUGUUCAUUAAAAUACCAAGUGAUUCCUAUAACUAUUUACCAUUGUUGUAAGUAGCCUUUAUGGCCAAAGCUGUAAGUUAAGAAUUAUAUGAAAGUUGAAGCAAGAACACUUAUAAUUCUGGCUUUAGAUAGAUUAAUAUAACUACCAAAUGGGUGCUCUUUUAACCCAUGACUUUGUGAAUGGAUUUAAAUACAGUAGUAUGAAGUAGAAGUUAUACAAUGAGAAUGAAUAGAUUUUGCUAACAUUACUUUUUUUUGCCUGGCAGAACAAAUAGGCUGUUUGGAACUUUUCUCAUUCCUGAUGAAUGAUCAUCUUAAAUUAUUUUUUCAAACAUAUGUAAGGAAUACUUGAAUAUACAUAAGGAUAAAUCUUAUCAGUAGAUCAAACAGAAUCCUUUCUGUUCACCCACAUUCAAAAUUUGUCUUGGUAGAAUAUCCUUGCCAAAAAAAUACCUUGAACACUUACAUGGAAGGUAUUAAUUCCAGGUAUCUUUGUGGAAAUGAGAAAAGAAAAUGUUUAUUUUUGUUCUUCUGAAUUAAACCCCACUACGAGUGUAAGGCUACUAGACAUCAAAAUCAGACAUCAUACAUUUCAAAAUCACUUGGUAGCCCCUCAAAAUAGUUAGAAAAUAAAAAGAUUUUUCCAAUGUGAAUUUUACUGAAUUUGAGGUAAGAUAUGUCAAACCAUAGUUAGACAAAAAUAAAGACCAAUCUGAACAUCAGCCCUUUAUAGUUUUAUGUGGAAAGAAAGGAAGAAUAGCUUAUUUUAAUCUGUUAACGGUUUUUAUUUGAAAGCAGUUGCAUUCAUGCAUAUAUGCAGCACUUUUUUUAAACUUGCCAAUUUGGGAAGAGGAGGGAUUAAAAUGGUUGUUCCCAAAUGGUUGUUCAGCCUCUAGAGCCAUGACUCUGUGAACAUGAAUGUUGUUGUCUUUCAUAGAUAACUUGGCCAGGGCAGUGGUUUAAUGUUAAACCAUGACGUUGAUGUUGGUAAAGUCUGAAACUUGGUGGACUGAAAGGAGGUUUUAGCCUUCUGAUGAGUUCACUUAAAAAUAAAUGUGAAAUGUCUUUUCUUUUUUGGAUAUAAUGACCACAUUUGACUGCUAGAUUGAAAUGGCCUUUAAAAAAUAUUUUCAUAUCAGUUUUCAUUUGUGUUUGUCUUUCUGGCAUGCCUGUACCUGUAUUAUUAUUAAUGUUUAUAUUGUACCUUGAUCUGGAAAAGUGUUGGAGUUCAGUCUGUAUCAAUAUAUUUAUAUAGUCCAUAUGGCACAUUUGAUUCUUCCACAUGUAUUUUGUGUUAAUGUUUAGGUGUGAUUUUUCUUAAAUCCUAGAAAAGACAUAAUUUCAGCUAUCUGAAACUAUUCUGUCAUUUCUGACCCUUUUUGAUUAUUUCAUUUAUUCUCAUCUAUCAGUAUUAUUUCUGAGUAUCACAGCUUACUUAAGUGUGCCCUGUUCUGGUAGUCUGUAUUUGAGAUAAGCUGCUGAAAACAGCUUUAUAUUCUUUGCCUAUUCCAAAGAGCUAAAAUGUCUAACCCAGGAAAGCUUUUGAUAUUUUGUUGUUGUUGUUCUUGUCUUAUAGUUGUUAAUAGCUAUAUUGUUGUUGUUUUACAAAAGAACUGUAGUAACUGUGAAUACAAACAAGAGAGCCACAAUAGAGAGGUUUAUUUAAUUCAGAACCAUUGGGGAGUUGAUAUAAUCAGAAUAUCCAGGAUAGUAAAAAUUUAACUAGUUGCAUAUAAAAUUUACUACAGAAAGAAAGAUGAGGAGUAAGGGGGAUUUAGAAUCAUGCCUCAGCUACAUAUUACACUACACUGCAGCUCAAAUUCAGAAUGGCAAUGUUAUGUCAUAGCUGGGACUAAAUCCUUGAGAGGGACCUGGCUUUCCUUUUUGAAAGAGAUUUUAUCAAACAACUAAAAAUUGGCUGUGAGGUUAGCAGAUGGAAACUUGAAAUAAGCCAUUCACUAUUCCUAAACACUACAAUCUAACCAUUCUACUUUUGACAGCGAAGGGGAUCAUAUGCCUAUAAUUUGAAUAGUUUUGAUCUGGCAAAAUGUCCUUAUAAUCUUCACAACUAUUGUCCAUUGUUUGAGGAUGUUACCUACUAAACUGAAAAUGUUCAUUCCAUACCUACCACAUAUACACCAGCAACAGUAUAAAUGUAAGCCUAAACUUGCAAAAUUCAUAUAAUUUAGUGAUGGAAUUUUUUAAUAACAUGCAGUAUAUAAAUGUGCAGAUUUUAUGCAAAUGUUGACAAAAUCAUUUUUCAGCUUGCAAAACAGGACUGCAUUAUUACAUUUUUCACUUAAGCAAUUUUUUACAUCUAUGUUGUUGCUUUCUAAAAUGAAUGUGAAUGCCAUCUUUUAUGAAUGCAACUUGCCUUUUUCAUUACAGAGAUUUUUGUUUGAUGUAAUCAAUAAACUUUGGUAUGAUACGAU